UUACGUUCGCGCAUGCGCAUUUGCGUCUGAAUAAUUUGUUGAUGUCCUGUUUACGAGGAUUGAUUUAGUUCUUGCUUUUCCACUCAGUCUGAUCCACAGGUUGAUUUCCAGCAGGAAGCCGAGCGGAGCUCCAGGUUUCCUGCAUGAGGGGCUGAUGGAAGACGCCCGGGAUCUGGCUGAGCGCGCUGCACGUUCAGAGAGGAAGCGAAGGGACUCGUUCGGGAUGUUCGAUGGCUACGACAGCUGCAGCGAGGAGUCCACCAGCAGCUCCAGCUCGGAGGACAGUGAGGAUGACGUGGUUCCCUCCAUCCCAGCCAGCCUGCCCAUCAUCAAGAACAACGGACAGGUCUACACCUACCCUGAUGGCAAAGCUGGGAUGGCUACUUGUGAGAUGUGUGGGAUGAUUGGCGUUCGAGAUGCGUUUUAUUCCAAAACCAAACGCUUCUGCAGCGUUUCCUGUUCCAGGAGCUAUUCGUCCAACUCUAAGAAAGCCAGCAUCCUGGCUCGGCUGCAGGGCAAGCCACCAACAAAGAAAGCUAAAGUCCUGCAGAAACAGCCUCUCAUGGCAAAGCUGGCAGCUUAUGCUCAGUACCAAGCCAGUCAACAGAACCAAGCCAAGGCCAAGUCUGUGGUGCCGGCAGAGAGCUUCGACUGGGGGCGCUACAUCUGCAGCAGUAACACGGCGGGAGCUCCUGUCAGCUGCUUCAAACACGCCCCCAUGGGGACGUGCUGGGGAGACAUAGAAGAAGGAGUUCGGAUUGAAGUUCCAAACUCUGACACCAACCUCUCCACCAAGGUCUACUGGAUAGCAGAGAUCAUAAAGCUGGCAGGAUUUAAGGCCCUGCUCAGGUAUGAGGGCUUCGACAACGACACCAGUAAGGACUUCUGGUGUAAUCUCUGCGUCCCUGAGGUGCACCCAGUGGGUUGGUGUGCUUCCAGCAACAAACCGCUUGUACCUCCUAGAAGCAUUCAGCACAAGUACUCUAACUGGAAAGCCUUUCUUGUGAAACGUCUCACUGGAUCCAAAACGCUGCCGACGGACUUUAGUGCCAAGGUUCGAGAAAACAUGCAGUUCCCGUUUAAGAAGCUAAUGCGGGUGGAGGUGGUGGAUAAGAAUUACCUGUGCCGGACACGGGUGGCUCUGGUGGAGCAGGUGAUUGGAGGGCGCCUCAGGCUGGUCUAUGAGGACGAUGGCCUGGAUGACUUCUGGUGCCACAUGUACAGCCCCCUGAUCCACAACAUCGGCUGGUCUCGGAGCAUCGGCCACCGCUUCAAACGAUCUGAUGUCGCCAAGAAAGCUGAAGGUCAGGUCGACGCCCCUGCACAGCUCUUUCAGAAGGUGAAAGAUGUGGACCAGAGUGACGAUUGGUUCAAAGACGGGAUGAAGCUGGAAGCCAUCGACCCCCUCAACCUCUCAGCCAUCUGUGUCGCCACAGUAAAAAAGGUGUUGGCAGACGGUUACCUCAUGAUUGGAAUCGAUGGCUCGGAGGCCGUGGACGGCUCCGACUGGUUCUGCUACCACGGCCUGUCCCCCUCCAUCUUCCCCGUUGGCUUUUGUGAGAUCAACAGCAUUGAGCUCACGCCUCCUAAAGGCUUCACUAAGCUGCCAUUUAAAUGGUUUGACUACCUCAGAGAAACGGGCUCAGUGGCUGCUCCUGUCAGACUCUUUAACAAGGAAGUUCCCAAUCAUGGUUUCCGGAUAGGCAUGAAGCUGGAGGCCGUGGAUUUGAUGGAGCCACGGCUGGUGUGUGUUGCCACGGUGACCAGGAUCGUGCACCGGCUACUGAGGAUCCACUUUGACGGCUGGGAGGAUGAGUAUGACCAGUGGGUGGACUGCGAGUCUCCGGACCUGUACCCGGUGGGCUGGUGUCAGCUGACGGGCUACCAGCUGCAGCCGCCGGCCUCUCAGGGUCACAGAGACGCGCCGCUGUCCGUCCCCAAGCAGAAGAAGAAGACUGCUCAGUACAAAGGACAGAAGAAAAAGAGGAGGAUCCUGAUUGGUGGACGGUCAGGCAGGAGGAGGAGGAGGAGCUUCUCAGGAGAUGAAGAGCAGAGUCCACCCAGUUACCAUGUCCAGGGGCCUGCGGGGCCCCGGGCCGGCCUCCACCAACCAGAGUCUCUGCUGAGGACCAAGGAGGACUUGAUGGCCGACGUGGACGAGCUGACCUUCGCCCACGGAACCUCCGACCAGGAGAGCAACGGGUCGGGCAGCUACUACAUCAAGCAGGAGCCGUGAGGCGACCCGGUCCAGGAGGAGGUCCGACCAUCUGCCACCACACUGAGAAGCAUUUAAUGAGCCAGUUCUGCUCCGGCCCGGUUUGGGCCUCAGAGCCUGAGGAGAACCUUCUGCUUCUCUGCUCCAGAACCUUCUGGGCGGACCGCGGACCUUUGGUUUGUUUAUAGUACUUGAAGCUUGGAUUGGACUUUCUGCUGUUUUUGUCUUUGUUGCAUUAAUGUUGGGAUCCAGAACUCGGUGGUUCUGGUCCCAGUCCCAGGUGUACAUAGGACCGGUUCCGAGAGCUCAGCUUCACCCCUUGUUUUCAGGUCCGGUUCCCUCAGCAUUAAUACAGAACUUGCUCUGACACAAAUUCAGGCCCAGCUGCUUUCCCUCCAGAACUCCUUCUUGUUUCCAUGACGACCGGCGCCGGUUCAGGGAAACGCAUCAUUUUGAUCGCGAAAGGUUCUGAAUCAGCUGCUGGGAUCAGACACUUAAAAACCGGGCCGCUUCUCCGGAUCAGGACCAUUUCUGCUGCUUUAGGCAGCAUUCAGCAUAGAUCUAUAAUAACCAGAUGUUUACGCUGUUUCUCUACUACCUCGUGAUGCCAGCAGCUCAUGGAUCAACCAAUCAUCUGUCGCCUUUUAUGCAACGAUUCCUGAUCCUGACUGACCAGAACCAAACAUGGACCCGUUUCAGAGUUAUGCAAUAACAGAGCAAAUCUAUUUAGAAAUAUCCUUUAUCCCUGCAUUGUAGAACUCUAACCAAUAGAUCUAGCUGUGAUUGUUCUGUUCGAGUCCGGAACCGGCGCCACUCUUUCCUGCUGAGAAAUCGAAGAUGUUUAUAUUUGUGACAUUUUUUGGUGAGAAAAUAUAUUUCAGAUUCUGAUUUGUCGGAUCUAGUUUUUUAUUUGGACCAAGUUUCUGAUUCAGAGGAAGAACCUUUCCAGCAGCUUCAGCUUCUGAUAAAUGUUUUCUAUAGUCCUUCCAACAACCUUCAGAACAUCGACUGUUAAUCCAAAGGAAGAUUCCUCAGUCCAGAACCAGAUGCAAUGAUACUUUUUAGCAAUAAUUUAAAGAGGUUGAAACAAAUAAAAUGAAUUAGUGGUCAAAAAAAAAAAAUCUGUAAAGGACAAAAAAUUGAGUUUAUGUUGAUUAACUUCCUUCCUCAGGUCUACUUUGAAUUUUUGUGUUUUUCAUGGUUCCUGCUUUCUUCUGAAAAACAGAAUGGCUCAACUUCCUGUUGGAAGUGGCUCAACUUCCUGUUGGAAGUGGCUCAACUUCCUGUUGGAAGUGGCUCAACUUCCUGUUGGAAGUGGCUCAACUUCCUGUUGGAGUGGCUCAACUUCCUGUUGGAGUGGGUCAACUUCCUGUUGGAAGGGGGUCAACUUCCUGUUGGAAGGGGGUCAACUUCCUGUUGGAAGGGGCUCAACUUCCUGUUGGAGUGGGAUCACUUCCUGUUGGAAUGGAAGGACUUCCUGUUGGUGGGGAUCACUUCCUGUUUGAGACUUUAGAGCAUUGUUGGGUGCAUCAGAACUGCUUCCUCCCCAGGAUCUGAUUUUCAUCCCUCCUUUAUUUGGUUCCCUCCAGCUUGGAGUUUAUUUUAGCCACUCAGAACCGGUUUGGACCCGCUUUGCCACGCCCACCUCGGAUGAAUGUAGAAGGUUCUGGACCCAUUUAUUCAGACCAACCAAGAACUGAAAACGAGAUGUUUUGGUUUGAGCCGGUCAGAAUCAGAACCUUUGUGACGCUUCUGCAUCUUAAAGCUUUUAUUGUUGAACAUUUAUUAUUAGGAGCUAAAUUCAGACGGAAACGGGUUUUAUUUUGAUUUUAAGGCGAUUCGUUUCCUCGGCUGGUUUUUCGUUCCCCCUCCCAGAUACUAACACGGGUCUUUUGUAGGUAAUAGCCCUCAAAUGAAAUCAUGAUAUGAUGGUGCUAUAUUUACAUAUAUAUAUAUAUAUACCUAUAUAUAUAUUUAUAUUUGAUAAGAAUGACUUAUUGUGUUGUUAUUGUCAGAAGAUAAUUGUUAAUUGUUGAGUUUUCAAAUAAUGGGACUAAUGGGAGUAAAAAUCUAUUUUGGAUACAAAUAAAAAAAGUGGUAAUUUAGUGCUGUGAUGAACCUUUGAUAGACUUUGUAAAUAAAACUAUUGUUGGACCAACUUUAAUAGAUGGUUUCUGUUUUCCUCGUGUUACAAGAUGUUCUCCGCAUGGCUGUGAAAGUUCAUCUGGUGGUUUUUGUAACUUUUACACUGAAUAAAGAGCUUAUUGCAUCCAGUGCUGGAAA